CUGACUCCUCGCGGCUAUCGUCCUCCAGGAGAGCCGCUUAGGUAGUUUCAGCACUAGGUAGCCGUCCAAUAGCAGGCGAGGAUCUGCUUUCCCAAUACGACACUGCGGGGACGCGGAGAGCUGCUACGGCCGGGGCUGCCGAUACUUCCGGUAACACCGGCUAUGGUAGAGAAGGGAAGACGGCGGAGGGGUGUACAGUGAUCCUGCCUGCUGUCAUUGUGACCAGGGUGACUCGGAGAGGGAAAAGGCCCAGAGUACCCGAGCAGGCGGUGUGCUUCUCAGCUGCAUUAUGCGUUUAGCAGGUCCUGUUCGUAUUAUCGUAGUUCUGCUCACAGUGGGCUUGACAUGGAUCUUGGCAGGAAUAAUGUUGGGAGGACAGAGUGGCUUCCCGAGGUUACAGCAGUUUCUAGGUGGUCCUGAUGUGAGCAGUACAGCUGACCCACGCCCCAGGAGGUUCAAGUGUGGCUUACCGCAGCCGUGUCCCGACAAGCAUUUCGCCGUCCGAGUGGUGAGCGGAGCAGCAAAUGUCAUUGGACCCAAGAUCUGUUUAGAAGAUAAAAUGUUGAUGAGCAGUGUCCAGAACAACGUUGGCCGAGGCCUCAACAUUGCGCUUGUUAAUGGAGUUAGUGGAGAGCUUAUUGAAGCCAGAUCAUUUGACAUGUGGGAUGGAGAUGUGUCUGAGCUGUUGAACUUCCUGCGGCCAAUCCAUGAAGGCACACUAGUUCUCUUGGCUUCUUAUGAUGAUCCAGCUACCAAAAUGUCAGAGGAGGCCCGGAAGAUGUUCGCUGAGCUCGGAAGCUCUAUGUCCAAAGAGGUAGCGUUCAGGGAUAGCUGGGUCCUCGUUGGAGCCAGGGGAGUCCUGGACAAAAGUCCAUUUGAGCAGUUAAUAAAGAACAGCAAAAGCAGCAACAAGUACGAGGGUUGGCCAGAGGCUGUGGAGCUGGAGGGCUGUGUGCCCCAGCGUACUCUAGAGGUUGAAUAACAACAUAUAGACUAGAUCAUGACGGAACAAGUGUAACCCAAGCGGGAUCUUGUGUGCACUGGGCAGAUUUUGCUAUCCAAUUUUCUUCACAUUUGUACAUCAUUGGCCCAUAGCUGCCUAUACAAUUUGCACAUUGCCCAGAUUUUCAUUCCGCUUCUGUGGCUAUGUCCUCUCCGUACUGUUCAGAAGAAACACAGUCUGCUUUCUGCUUGAGGAAUGGCAUGCAUGCAAAAUCAAAAUUCACUUCUCUUCAGAUUCCCAAAAAGCCUCUCGCCAAUCUAAAUUGGAGUUUGGAACAUUGCAUUACACAUGAUUCAACAUUCUGGCAUAUGUCUCCUAUUUCUUUAAAGAUCUUGAUCCACUAAUGAGGAAAACGAAGAUACAAGAUAAACUAGCUAUCUUUGCAACCGAAUCGUAGCCUCCUUAU